AUAUCAAUGUUUAAGGUUUGCUUAUUUAGCGUAUCACAGCAAAAAUCUGGUACAAAAUAUGAGCAUGUGGUUGAGUUGAGAAAAUUAUUUGACAGACUGCAAGUUGCAUUUUUAUACAAUAUGUCGAAAAGAGGUAGAAAAUCAUCGAGAACAUCCCGAAGUACUCCAAACUUCAGACUAAAUGAGGACAAGAAUGAAACCGUUCCUGAUCCAAGUUCGUCCGACUACUUCCAUGAUGAUAUUGAUGAAUUCCAUGCACAGAGGGAGAAGGUUUUAUUGGAUAAAGGUGUCAGAAAAGAUGACAUGGAGGAUACCGACAGUGAGGAAGAAGUGUUGCCAGUUGUAUCAGAUGAUGACGACGAACUGAGUGAUGAUGAGAUUAAUAAAUACCGGAAUCAGAUGCGGCGAAUCAAACAAGCCCACAUCCGAGACAAGAUGGGCAGUGAUCUGGAGGAUAGUGAUGAUGGUCUUCCUGAUAGUAAAGCAUGGGGAAGCAGACGAUCAAAGUUCUAUGGAACAGAUGUUAUGGACAACAGAAUUGAUCUAGCUGGGUCGGAGGAUGAGGAAGGCGUAGCGGCUCUAGAAGAGAAGGAAGCUCUCGCCAUACAGAAGAGAAUGGCUGACGAACUUGACGACCAAGACUUUGCGCUGGAUGUCUUCAAGCCUACAAGAAUGAUGGAGGAAAAGCCUGGAGAUAAAGAAAAGAUUGUAAAAGAUCUUUCAAAAUUACCCAGGAGAGAAAAACUAGAGCUUCUUAAGAAAGAAUCUCCAGAACUACUGACGUUGAUUCAAGAUUUUACAGAUAAGAUGACUGAACUGCGAGACGUCUUACAACCCCUGAUGACUCUGGUGAAUGAUGGGAAGAUCCAAGGGAAGGAGGCCAAGUACAUCCAAGUCAAGUUCCAGUUACAUCUCAAGAGGGUAAUAAAUAAGAAGUACGCCAACAUCACCCAGGAUGCUAUUACCUUGUUCAAGUCCAUGUGCAUCGAGUGCCAGAGAAAACGUUUGGCGCCGAUGCGAAGAAAGAAACAUCCAGCAGACUAUUCUGAAAGUGAUAGGUUUGAUCCAGAAACAAACAACGUACCCAAGAAAAAGUCGAAGGAUGAUAGAUAUGAAACAAAUGAUGAGAAACAGGCUUUAGAAUACUACAAGAUGAUGAAAGAGACUACUGAUGAUGUGGAGUCAAAUGAAGAUGAUGAUGAAGCCAUUGAAGCGGAUGGUUUGGAAACUACAGAAGGGACUGUUGGGGAGGAGGAAUUGGAUACAGAUGGAAAAAGAGCAAUCACAUACCAGAUGGAGAAGAACAAAGGCUUGAGGGCACACAGAAAGAAGGAACUGCGAAAUCCCCGUGUCAAGCAUAGAAUGAAGUUUAGGAAGGCAAAGAUCCGCAGAAAGGGACAGGUACGAGAGGCAAGAACAGAAAUUAAACCUUAUGGUGGUGAAUUGUCUGGUAUUCGAGCCGGAAUCAAACGCAGCAUCAAGUUGAAAUAGAGACAACAUCAGUUCAUGUAAUUACAAUGCAUCAAUGAUGUCAUUUCCAAAUAAACUUGUACAGAGUU